GCGGUGGAACAAGUAAGACGGCUUAUGCGGAUCGUGGUAGUGAUUAUGGUGAUGGCCCAAGUUAUGGUGGAAGCAAAAAUCCAUAUGGCGAAAAUUACGCUGGCAACUACAAAUCUCAUGAUAACAAUAGGGAAGGUGGAUAUGGUCCACCACCCAAAGAAAAUGAUAAUUUCUCGAAUGAGCAAUUGACUCAAAAGAGUACCGACACGAUUUACAUCUCGAAUUUAAGCAAGGAAGUUACAGAAGAAAAGUUGGCAGAAUAUUUCGGUAGUCUUGGAAUGUUAAAAAUGGACAAGAGAACACAGAAACCGAAGAUUGCCAUUCAAAUAAUUUUGCGAGAAGAACCGAGUGCUACAGAUGUUCUACGCCUCGUAGUGACGCACCUGGAAAUGAAGGCGGAUUCGGCGGUCGAUAUUCUGGAUCACCAAGAGGUGGGUAUAGGGGUCGUCGUGGCGGAACAUCAUCUUAUGGUAGCCGCUAUAACGACGACGACAGAGGCUAUGGAGGCGGCGGCGGCCACCGAAAUAAUGAUAGUGGCUAUGAUCAAAACUAUGGAAGACCGAACAAACCGGAUGAUCGACAAGAACGCAGGGAAAAUUCUAGAUAUCGUCCUUACUAGUUAA